CAGGGAGCGGCGCCCGUGUCUGCAGCAGCGCAGGGUCCGGGCGCGCGGCGUGGCGGGAGGGACCGGGGCGGGGACCCGGGACCCGGCAUGGCGCUGCGGAGGGGCGGCGGCGGGGCGCUGGGGCUCCUGCUUCUGCUGCUGAGCGCCGCGUGCCUGAUCCCGCGGAGCGCGCAGGUGAGGCGGCUGGCGCGCUGCCCCGCCACUUGCAGCUGUACCAAGGAGUCCAUCAUCUGCGUGGGCUCAUCCUGGGUGCCCAGGAUCGUGCCGGGCGACAUCAGCUCCCUGAGCUUGGUGAAUGGAACGUUUUCGGAAAUCAAGGACCGGAUGUUUUCCCAUUUGCCUUCCUUGCAGCUGCUAUUGCUGAAUUCUAACUCAUUCACAGUCAUCCGCGAUGAUGCCUUUGCUGGACUUUUCCAUCUCGAAUACCUGUUCAUUGAAGGAAACAAAAUUGAAACCAUUUCCAGAAAUGCCUUCCGUGGCCUCCGUGACCUCACUCACCUUUCCUUGGCCAAUAACCACAUCAAAGCCCUCCCAAGGGAUGUCUUCAGUGAUUUAGACUCUCUGAUUGAACUAGAUUUAAGGGGCAAUAAAUUUGAGUGUGACUGCAAAGCCAAAUGGUUGUAUCUGUGGCUGAAGAUGACAAAUUCCACUGUUUCUGACGUGCUGUGUAUCGGCCCACCGGAAUACCAGGAAAAGAAGCUCAAUGAUGUGACCAGCUUUGAUUAUGAAUGCACAACCACAGAUUUUGUUGUUCAUCAGACUUUGCCCUACCAGUCGGUUUCAGUGGACACAUUCAACACCAAGAACGAUGUGUAUGUGGCCAUCGCCCAGCCCAGCAUGGAGAACUGCAUGGUGCUAGAGUGGGAUCACAUUGAAAUGAAUUUCCGGAGCUAUGACAAUAUUACAGGUCAGUCCAUUGUGGGCUGCAAGGCUAUCCUCAUCGAUGACCAGGUCUUCGUGGUGGUGGCCCAGCUCUUCGGUGGCUCUCACAUUUACAAAUAUGACGAGAGCUGGACCAAGUUUGUCAAAUUCCAGGACAUAGAAGUGUCUCGCAUUUCCAAGCCCAAUGACAUCGAGCUGUUUCAGAUCGAUGACGAGAAGUUCUUCAUCAUCGCAGACAGCUCCAAAGCUGGCCUGUCGACCGUGUACAAGUGGAACAGCAAGGGGUUCUACUCAUACCAGUCUCUGCAUGAGUGGUUCAGGGACACGGAUGCGGAGUUUGUUGAUAUCGAUGGAAAAUCGCACCUCAUCCUGUCCAGCCGCUCUCAGGUCCCCAUCAUCCUCCAGUGGAAUAAAAGCUCUAAGAAGUUUGUCCCCCAUGGUGAUAUCCCCAACAUGGAGGACGUGCUGGCCGUGAAGAGCUUUCGGAUGCAGAAUAGCCUCUACCUGUCCCUCACGCGCUUCAUUGGGGACUCCCGAGUCAUGAAGUGGAAUAGUAAGCAGUUUGUGGAGAUCCAGGCUCUACCAUCCCGGGGGGCCAUGACCUUGCAGCCCUUUUCCUUCAAAGAUAACCACUACCUGGCCCUGGGGAGUGACUACACUUUCUCCCAGAUAUACCAGUGGGAUAAAGAGAAGCAGCUCUUUGUGAAGUUCAAGGAGAUCUACGUGCAGGCACCACGGUCGUUCACAGCUGUCUCCACCGACAGGAGAGAUUUCUUCUUUGCCUCGAGUUUCAAAGGGAAAACAAAGAUUUUUGAGCAUAUCAUUGUUGACUUAAGUUUGUGAAGGUGGAACAGGUGAAUUUAAGAAACUAGUAGUGUAAGCGCUCUCUCUCUCUUUCUCUCUUGAGAAAAGAAAGAGCAAGAAAGAGAGAGAGAGAGGACCAAGGGGGGAGGGGGAAGAGCCAAGUUCAGAAUUCUGAAGUUGAAAAUGCACUGGGGAAAUAGUUAGGUGUUUCCAAAUGUUUAGAACUCACCUUUUAAUCAGGGAUUGCAUUCAUUGGCUAACUGCAUGACAUGUCUAUUCCACCAUUUAAAACGACAUCGUAAAGCCUGUAAUUCUUGAGAAAAAGAGUUAACUCUUACCAUGUAGGAAGGUAAUGUGCUUUUAUUUUUUCCAUCCUCUCUUUUUAAUAAGGAAGAAAAAAUUGGGUAAGAUGGGACAGCUCUUCUAAGGAAAUAAAAACGAAAAAC